AUGGGUAUGCGCCUGCCGCAGCCCAUCGCCAGCACUGUGCGGCGCUACGUGCUGGAAGAGGCGGAGCUCAUCGCCGGGGCCUUCCAACGGCUCUGGAGCGCCGGAGCGCUGAACGCCUGGGCCGCCGACCCGCGCGCCCUCGCAGGUGCGGCUUUGCAGGCGGCCCAGCUGGCUGGAGAGCGGCGCCGCGUUUUGUGGUGGCGGACGAACAUGCUGACGUCAGUCGUCGACUUUGGCCUAGGCCAAUAUGUGGAUCUCGUGGCGCCUCGGUCCGACUUCCUGCUGACGCGGCAGGCUGCCCUGGAGCAGCUGCUGGGCGGCCCGCCGGCGGCCGGCGUGACGCUGGUGGAGGUCGGGGUGCACCUCGCCCGCCUGGCCUUCUCACUGCUGGGCACCCACCACGGCCUGCAAUACAUCGGCGUGGACCCGUUCCAGUACGGCGAAGACACCUCCGCGGAGUCGCGGGCGCGUCAGCUGCGGGACCUGGGCCUUUCUCCGGAGGAGGACGGCGGGGAGCUCAGCUCCGCGCAGCUCGGCGCCUUGCGGCUCGCAAAGCGGCGGGGAGAGUCGGUGCAGGCGGAGACGGCGCCACAGAGCUGA